AUGGUCAUAGAUGAGAUACUAGACUCAGAUGCAUCCACUCCCUUCAAGGAUCAAUGGCCGCACCAGCAGAAGAGAACGGACAGUUCCAACGGUGAUGGGGGUGGAGGAAUCCUUGAAGGCCAGCUACUGGAAGGUGACAUGGGUGGAGAAUAUUUUGUAGACAGUGGCAGUCCACUUCACCGAACCCUGAAUGAUGUGAGGACAUGCACCUCUGCCAGCCCUUCAGUGACUCUAGAGAAAGAGGAGAUGGUUCCACAGUGUCAGUCAGUCGAUAUGGAUAAGUUCUGUGUCCUUUCUUUUCUCCAGGACCUUGUGGACUGGCGCAAGCCACUGCUCUGGCAGGUGGGCUACUUGGGGGAGAAGUAUGACGAAUGGGUGCAUCAGCCUGUGGACCGUCCGAUCCGCUUGUUCUACUCUGAUUUCUUUGAAUCCCUCUCCAAAACAUCAUGGUACACGAUCAUAGUUGUCUGGAUUCCGGUGGUAAUCUACCUGAGCUAUUGUGGCUACUCAUCUCUCGCCAACGAUGACGUCCGGCUUUUUUCUUCAAUCACUACAAAGUAUUCCAUCAGAAUUUACAAGUACUAUUUCCCCGUGAUCUUCAUCACCGGGAUGUUUGCCUGGUCCUUCAUCGAAUACCUCAUCCACCGCUUCCUCUUCCACAUGAAGCCACCCGCCAGCAACUAUCAUCUCAUCACCCUCCACUUCAUGCUUCACGGGCAACAUCACAAGAGUCCCUUCGAUGCCUCACGCCUGGUUUUCCCACCUGCACCAGCGUCCCUGGCCAUAUUCGCUUUCUACCUGCUUGCCAAUUGCGCGUUUCCCAAAGCCUUCGCCCUAGCCAUCUUUGCUGGAGGGCUUUUUGGCUACGUUCUCUAUGACAUGACUCACUAUUACCUGCAUUAUGGCUCUCCAGAGAAAGGCAGUUACCUGUACAGGUUGAAGGCCUAUCAUGUCAAGCAUCAUUUUGAACACCAAAAAGCAGGUUUCGGCAUCACCAGCACAUUCUGGGAUCAUCCGUUCCAGACGCUAAUCCCAGAUGAAAACUUCAAGAAAGAAAACUAGCUCCCGCUGCUGCUCUCCGGUGCGGUCGUCGGUGGGACUUU